AUGCACUUGGCUAGUGAAGUGAGUUCUACCACCGGCCACUACGACAGAAACUAUGGUAACCUGACUGCCGAGAUGCUGGCUGAAAGAACAAUUGAUGGCCUGCUGGCGGAACAUCCGGGAGAACUUGUUCGAACUGGAAGUCCUCAUGUUGUUUGUACCGUGUUGCCUCCGCAUUGGCGGUCGAACAAAACACUGCCGAUGGCCUUUAAAGUCGUUGCGCUUGGAGAGGUGGGGGAUGGUACCAUGGUCACUGUCAGAGCUGGUAACGACGAAAACUACUGUGCAGAGCUGCGGAACGCGACAGCCAUCAUGAAGAACCAGGUGGCCAAGUUCAAUGAUCUCAGAUUUGUCGGACGAAGUGGAAGAGGUAAGGGUAAGAACUUUUAUACUUACAGUAGCUAG